AUGCUCUCUUCUUGUGUAUGUAGGUCUUGGGUUGAAACUUACUCUGUUUUCAAAAAGCUUGGAAUUCCUGGACCAUCACCACUGCCUUUUUUUGGAAAUACUGCAUUUGCUAUUGUAAAGGUAAAAUUCUUAAUUUCAAUCUGAUUUACAUAACAAAAUAAUUUAUCCACAUAAUCUGAAAUAAUUUGUGAUUGAUCUUAGUGCUUAGUUUUUAGGUUUUUGAUAUGUUAAGUCAGGUUAUUAAUUUAAGGUUAAAGAUUUUAGAUCUAACAAAGUUUCCUAAUUUUUUAAUAGCCUAAUGAAACUCCAAUACGUCAUCUGGAGUGGUAUAAGAAGUAUGGCAAGGUCUUUGGGUAUGUAUUAUUUUCAGUGUGAGCCACCCUGACCAAUAUGUGGUGAACUUGAUGUGGUGAACUUGGUGAAUUUGUUCUUGAUGAACUUGGGUCCAUUUGGUCAAAGUACUGUAGCAACUAUAGCUGGUGUCUGUAAUUUAGUUUAAUUAUUCUGAUUAGUCCAUAGCAAAUCUUGCAUUCUGAUCAGCUGACCUACUUGCCAAUUUUCAGCUUAUACAUAACAAGAAAAGAUGGGCUGGUUUUAUGCCAAAAUAAUUGUUGCGAAGGGCUUUUGUGGUUAUUUUUGUUCCAAUAAGCAGUUCAUGAAUAAAACAAAAUUAAUAGAGCCCUGGAAAAAUCUUGAGUUUGUCUUCUUACCUUAUUAAGGGAAUGUCACUUUGCAUUGAAACCUUCCUGCCUACUGCUUAUGGUGGAUUCGCCUUGCAGAUUUAAGGAAAAUUUUAUGUCAUCUUUGAUCAUUUCCAUGUUAAAAGGUUGAAGAUUAAAGAUUUUUUUGACAGUGGGAAAUGCACUUAAUUAUGGCUUAUCCAGCUAGUUUGCCGACCUUGCAUUCAAAUAAUUGGAAACAAAUAGUCCAAAUACAGUCAAAGCAGCUCUCCUUGUGACCACUCUCGUAAGCGACCAGCUCUAGUUGCAACCUUUGUGAAACCGCGUUUGAUUUGUGACUUAAACUUUGUAGUGAAAAGCUCUCAUAGCUGGCCACUGUUCCCAUAACAACAACAAGCACUUUUGGGAUUACCCAACUGGACUCCAGUUCUGUUCAAAUAAAUAGCUCUCCUAAGUGACCACUCAGACCUGAUAAAACAGGAACUGAUGUAGCUUAUAAACUCAUUCUUGCACAAAUAUUUAAAAUUGAUGUUUAUAUUUUGGUAAAAAAAAUUGGAUGAAGACACUCAUUGAACAUUAAUUGCUUUUGUUUUUUCUUUAUGAAUUAUUGAUGAAUUUCUGAAACACUUGUAAGAGACCACCCUCUAUUAUUAUUGGUAAAAUUUUUACCACGUGUUUGCGUACAUGAGCUUAUUCUCGUAAGCGACCAGCUCUAGUUACAUCCACUUUUUCAAAUUUCCGAGGUGGUCACUUACGAGAGCUUAGUCUGUAGAGCAUAACAGGAUUAAAAACCCCAACUGGCAAGAGGCAAACUUGGCUUUUUACAAGCGUGGCCAAAGGAUUUAAAAUUGAAAUGACUUAGGAAAAAUCCAGUGUGGCCAGAGCGGGACUUGAACCUGGGACCGCCGGAUUGCACGUCCAAUGUACUAACCACACCACCACCCACCUCCUGGUAAAAAAAAUUUAACCCCAACUGGCAGUUAAGGCAGUGGUUGGCUAUUUAUGAGCGUCAGGUCAAGUAUUUAAUUUGGGACAAUCACAAGUAAAUCCAGUGGAAAGUGGCUGGAGUGGGACUCAAACCCAAGAUUGCUGGAUUUCGAUAUAUUAAUUAUGCUGACCACCUGGCCACAGUCACUGCCUCCAGGUUCUAUAUAUGAGAGUACUAUAGGCAAUGGAACUUGUGUCAGUUCAUGAAGGAUUUCAGUCAGGUCGCAAUGCUCAAAGAUUAAAUUAUAUCUGAGUAAUCUGGAAACUGAGUUUGCUUUUUAUUCCCUAGAAUAUACCUAUUCCGCCAGCCUUUUUUGAUGGUUGCUGAUCCAGACAUGAUUAAAGAGAUCUUCAUUAAAGAAUUUCCGAAGUUUCAUGAUCGAAAGGUACACAUAUGCAUAUAAACACAUUGAAGUUUUAAAAGGAAAUUGGGUUGAGGUCAACCCUAAAAAUGGGAAAACACUCACAUGAAUUGGGUAGGGAUGCUCCUGCUACAAGACUUGUUCCGGGGUGCAGAUUUUCUUGGGGUGUUCAGGAUGGCAAAGGGUGUAGGUAUCGCCGAGGGCUGUGCGUGCAUAAGAAUAUCAUGAUAAGACGAAGGAAAAUAACAGAAUGCAAUAAAUAGCAACAUAUUUAUUGCAAUUUUUAGAAUGUGGGUUUUUGGAAUUUCAACUCAGAACUAUGCCCUUAUUGGUUACCUUUAGUGGGUUUAUUCCAAUAAUGAUAAUUUUUUUUAUGUAUCCUUUCACAUUGGAGACACCCCUGGGAGGGUGAGAUCUCGGUCAACGGUCUUCAAACUGCAAGCUAUUGGUCCAUUAAAAACAUGGUCAUUUGAAUGCCCAUGCAUGGUUGACUUUAUAGAAAAAGCUAGUGUAGAGCGUUUACAGUCACGUGGCCAGCAUCUAUGCAAUUUUAUUGGAACAAAAGAAAGCGUUUUCAUGAAAAAAGAGUUCAACUCCCACAGGAUUGGUUUGGGACACCAACAUGGCCGCUGUUUCAUUGUUUUGGAACACCAAUCUGGUCACCAUGACAUCAUGCAAAAAUGUUCUCUUCAAGUUUGGUUUAAUAAAAUUAAUGUUUUAUGAAAGGCAAGUUGCGCACACAGCAAACCAGAACUGCAAAUAAGAAUUUAUUAUAAUUAUUGCAGCUUUUCAUGUAGUUCUAAAUAAUUUUCUAGACCAAGUAGAUUUCUUUAAUGUAUGAACUUGUAGAAAAUACAGUAAAGGUUUCUUAACAUCCUUCUUCAUAGAGCCUAAUUGAAAUCCCGCCACCCUAUGAUCGAGUUUUAACAGUUGUCCAGGGUCAAAAGUGGAAGGACAUACGAAGUGCUUUGUCACCGACCUUCAGUGCACUGAAAAUGAAGCAGGUUAGUAUAUUGCUAGCAAAGAUGUUCUUUUGGGUGGUCACAUAAUCCUCCUUGAAAUCAGUGUUUGAACCCAGAAGUCAUUUCAUAACUAGGUUGAGCAUGAUCGUCCGGGUGAACGUAGUCCUGAAUAAGGACUGUUGUUGACUGCAGUGACUGAGUACAUUUUGACAACCUGUGCAAUAGUCAUCUUCAGAGUCACAAGGGAAGAUGACCCAUGGGUAGGUUGUUGAAAUGUCAGUUACUGUCAACGACAACAGUCCUUUUCAGGACUAUGCUCACGCGGUCAAUCAAUUGCUCAACCUACUUAUGUAAACAUUAAGUUAUAAGGGUUCAUUACUGUCUUGUUGUAUUGGUUUUUGGCCUUAUCCACUCUCUUGCCACUUUAAAAUAUUUGGAGCAAAGGACCCUUAUUGUUUCUUGUGCAUGCACACAAUUUUCAUUUUUCUUUUCAUUAGUUUAUUUCUUUCUGAUUUAACCAUUAGUCCUCAUCAUUUCUUGUGCAUAGAAUUUUGUUUCUCUUGGCGUUAAAUUAUUUCUUUCUCAUUCAACCAUUUUUAAAAUUGAACAGUAAUUGAAUUACCAAUAUAAGCUCCCCCUCAUAUAAGACCCCAACAGCUAUAGGCCCAUCUACCAGUAUAUAAGAAAACAUACAUCCAAUUAUAAGCCUCCCCUCUGCCCAAAUAUAACACCCCUCCCAAUGUAUUGAAGUGAAUUCGAUUUAUUAUGACGUUUUUUAAGCUUUAGUGCGCUUUCCAUUUGUCAGAACUGGCUGGCCGGACCAUUGCCAGACCAGUCAGUGAGCAAAUGAAAUCCGCUUUUUUGAAAGGGUUUUUGCUGAAAAACCAUAUCCUUCGUGCAUGCUAUUAAGGAUAUGACUGAUCUGGCUGCAUAGUUUGGAUUAAAAGUGAAUUUCUCAUACCGGAAUGGUCUGGCCAGUCAGUGAAUGCAAAACAUAUUUUGAUCAGCACCUGGGGGGGGGGGGAGGGUACUGCCAUAUAUGGGCUAUAUAGGUAUGUGCCGCUGUGAAGGGUAGGGUUUUCAAGCAGUUUACUCUAGGAUAGGGUAUAUAAAUCAGAACAUCUGGGUCUAGAAUAGGGUAUCAUUUUUCAGGAAACUGAUCAGUUGGUUGAACAUUUUAUCUAGACUAGGGAAACAGCCACUCUAGGAUAGGGGGGAUUUGGGGAGUGUACUCUAGUAUAGGGUACCAAAAUUUAGCUGAACUAGCUCUAGCAUAGGUUAAGGGUUCCAGGGUCCCAGCGGCACAUCCCCACCCAGAAAUUCCUAAAGUACCCCCCUCCCCGGGAUCAGCACUGCUAUGGAUUUUUUCGAAGCGAUUUUUGUGGUCCAGUUAUAAGCCCCUCCGUUAAUAAUCCGUCUUGAAACCCCUUACAAAGAUGUAGAAGCCCAGGUUUUAUAAGCGGUGGUUUGCAGCAAAAUUAUUUUCUGAACAGUAAUUGUUAAUCGUGCUGGCUAUCCAUGCCACUUGAUAAGCUUUACAACUACCUGCAUGAACCAAACUUUUCGCCUUUUUUUGUUUCGGGUUAAUUUUUAAUUUCAGAUAUAUUAUCCAUCAUAACAGUGAAAAAUAGGCAAAAGAAUAUCAGGGUUCGUAUAGGUCAUGGAAAACCUGGAAAGUCUUGAAAUUUAAAAGAUUCAUUUUCCAGGCCUGGAAUGUCAUGGAAUUCAGUAAUUGUCAGUCUUUGAAAGUCGCAUGGAAAAUUAAAGUUAUUUUUGAUAGACUAGUUACUGCAGAUGACAAAGCAAGGACAAUGUAUGAUAGAGAGUAGUAAUUUAACAGCGCAAAUUGCUCUCGUUUUGGUGAACACCAGAGUUUGUUUCUGUUGAACCGUUUCAGGUCGAAAAAUACUUUAAAACAAAAAAAAACUUUUGCAAAUUUUUUCAAGUGACAGCGAAACCUAAGGUCAUGCCCAGGAAAACUUGAAAAGGUUGAAGAAAAAGUCAUGAAAAUUUAUGGAAUUUUAAAGAACUCAAAAGAGAAGGAACCCUGGAAUAAGCAGUCUUUCGUAUCUUUUUUUUGCUUCAGAUGAUGCCGUUUAUAAAUGAAGCAGUAGACACAUUUUUACAAAAAUUGGACAACAUAUCCAAGACAGGAGAGAUAGUUGAUUUGCACAGGUUGGUGUAACGAGUGGGAGAGGUAAAUGUAUACACAGGUUACCUAUCUGCUAUUUAAUUCAUCACUGAGUUUAGCGUUGCUGUAAAGCUGGAAGAUGCAAAUGUACUAUCACAUUGUUCAGAUAAAGACCGCGCGAAAACGAACCUCGUGAUCAUUAUAAAACUAAUUUCACCUUGAAAUUCACUUAAACAUCAAACAACAACUUUUUGAUGGUUCAUAGAUUUUGCGAUUGUUAAGCAAGAUAAUGUGUCGAUAUUAAUUACUUGGUUUCGUUUAAAGCUCUUGACUAAGAGCGUGAUUUCAAAAUUUCCUGACGACAAAAUUCAGGUUGCGGCCAGGGUUGCUCAUAAAUUUAUAAUAAUCUAACUAUGAUCAUAGCUCAAGACUCCACGAGGACUUCUGGUGAUACAAAUAGAGACAAAUUUAGCAACUUAUUUACCAAAACUCUUUGAAUGUGCUAUUCCCCUUUUUUUCAAAAAAUUUAACGUGAAUCUUUGAUCUUAAGAAAGAGGUAAAAAAAAACCUCAGCGUCUUCCUUAUCAUUUUCUGGGGUCUUAAGACUUCGAUCUUCGUUUUCGUGGUCUUUGUUUUUCACAACACUUAACUUAGGGGAAGUGAAAGGAGAUUAUUAAGCUAAUUUUCCCGCCAAAAUCAUGAUCUAAUAACUUCCCUAUACAUGAAUUGGCUCCAGACAGCCAAUGAGAUGCCAGUAGUAAAGUAACGAACGAGAAAAAAGAAGUUAGAUAGUUAGAACCAGUCCUUGAAAACGUUGGGUAAAAUGGCCAUCAUUUCUUUCGUAAAAUCUCGAAUGGCUAAGAACAUUCAUGGUGGUACAAAUGGCGGAUGUCUCAAGUAGGGAGCUUUUCGACGACGAACACAGCGGUGGAAAAAACGUCUCUUAAAAAGUGAUUUCACGCUGGAAAUGUGAAUUAGGUAUUUUUACGUCGUGUUCAUGCAACGACGGCAAACAAAUGUACAAGAAACACGUGCAAAGUUGUUAUGCUGAUCUAAACCCGUUGCCUUUCUGUCGAUGUCCUUGCUGUCGUCGUCGUAGUACUUCGUCGUGAUCGUGGCUGCUUUAGCUUAAAAGAUGUUUUUUAAAAAAAGGUUUUAAGGUUUGUUUUCGGUGGAAAGUACAGUUAGCUUAUCCAGCUAGUUUACAGGCACUCCACUCGAAUACUUAGAAACAAAUAAUUCAAAUACAACAUCUAAAUGGAUUAAAAUCCCAACCAGUUGGCAACCAGUUGGCUAUUUACAAGCGUAGCCAAGGAUCUAAACUUGGGACGACCGAGCACAAAUUCAGCAAGUGCAUGACCAGAGUGGGACUCGGACCCGGGACCGCUGGAUUGCGAGACCGACGCGCUGACCACUUGGCCACGCUGCCCCAUUUUAGUUCCCUAGAAUCUUCAGGUAUACAUCUCAUUUGUUUAUAUCUUUCACGACAUCUCGUUUGUUUUUCAGGUGGCUUCAGAGUCUUACAAUGGACGUGAUUUUAUCAACAGCGUUUGGAGUCAAAGCAGAUACACAAACUGUCGAGAAUGAUCCCAUUACUGAAAAAGCGAAAAUGGCUAUGGCACCAAACCCGCUUAUUGCAUUAUUACGUACGUAAGAAUAAUCAUUUUGAAACAUUUAACUUAACCCGUAGGGGAAAACACAGUUUUACAGAAUUAUCGUUUUGGAAGAUUAAACAUAACUCGAUGGGAAACACGGUUUGACAUCGUUGAUGGUAACCGCUGCAUGCGUGGGAGCCUAGUGGCGUAGCGAGCCUAUAAUUUUUUUAAAAAACGCGAAUGCUAAUUUGUCCGAAGGCGUUUGUCUAUGUUUGUUGUCAGAGCCUUAUAUUACUUCUUUUUGGAACUGACUUGUUUCACUGAUAAAUUAUUUUUAUUAUAAUCUCUUAGUUAGUACGCGCGCUGAGAUUGGUCAAUUUUGCGGGCCGUAUUUUACUGUAAGGCCCACUAAAUUUUAAAGUUUCCUUCCCGCGCACCAAAUUAACCUCAGGGAUAUAAAAAAAUACCGUAAAAUUCCGAAAAUAAGCCCCUCCAUGUUUAAGCCCUUGCAAAUAAAAGCCCCCAAACUCGUAACGCAAAAAAACCCUCCAUUAAAUCGCCCCUCCAAAUAUAAGUCCCCCGGGGCUUGUCCUUGGAAAUUGCCCUUAAAUACAAAAGCAAAACAAAGCAAAAACGGUAAAUUUCCUUCCAACUAUAAGGCUAUCCCAAUCGAUUUUGAAACGCAAAUUUCCCCCUCGUAGAUAAGCCCCUCCGAAUAUAAACCCCUCCAAAAAUAAGCCCCUCAAAAAGGGCCUUUGAAAAAUAUAAGCCCCGGGACUUAUUUUCGGAAUUUUACGGUAUCUUCUUGCUAACCUCGUUUUUCUCAGUCCGUACUGUCAGUCACGGAUCCUCGUUUUUUCGGAGCUUUUCGGUUCGUAACUUUAUACAGUACGGACCUGUACGGUCCGAGAACUUGGUUAAUAAGAGAUAUUUCUCUUAUGGGCAGUGCUGUUACCAUUUGGACACCAUCUCAUGAAGUUCUUUUCGGACCCUUUCCAUUUUGACAAGAUUGGAUCAGUAGCAGCAGAAAUUAUCACCCAAAGGACACAAGGCGGCAAUGGUCAGAGCAAAGGACAGGUAACGUUUACCAUAGAAUGAUAUACUUUUGAGGUUAUUGCAUGACUCUUCGCGCCAUACGAAACCGAAUUUAACACCUGUUUGAGGAUAUAACAGUGACAACAACAACAAUGUAGAUAUUAACAGAACUAUAAAGUUUACAAUACUUCAUGCUCCGCAAAUAGAGCGUUUUCAGUCACGUGUCCAGCAUCUAUGCAAAUUUAUUGGAACAAAAGAAAACGUUUGCAUAAGAAAAGAGUUCAACUCUCACAGGAUUGUCUAGGUACACCAAUAUGGCCGCCGUGACGUCAUGUGAAAACGCUCUAUAGCUAUUACACUAAGCUAGGCAGGACAAAACGUUUAAGUAAAGGCGAUAUUAAAUUACAUAAGUAAAAUGGAAACGAAAAGAAAAACAAUAACAUGCAGAAAGAGACACCUUACAUGUAAAUUCAAGUACAGGAAUUUUGUUAUUUGAAAACUAGACUAAACUUACAACUGGAAGUAUAUACAACUAAUUCAGGUUAAUUUCGUAAAAUACUCUAGUAAAUAAGUAACAUACAAACUCUCAUAGACCAUCAUCGACCAAUCAGCGCUCGAGGAUUCGCUCAGUUAUUGUGAAAAUACAGUUUGGUACAGUAUGUUCGUCAUAUCCUUAAAUUUACAGUCUCAAAGUUUACUCCUUGGUGAAAUUCUUGAUCAUAAUUUAAUUGCAACCCACAUAUAAGAACCUGCUUCAUUUUGCUUGGUUAAUCAGGUUCUUGUACUUUUGGGUAUUAAAGUGGCAAGUUUCAGGAGGUUCUUAUUCUCAGGCGUUUACUGUAAUAUGCAAAAUUCUUUAUAUCACGCUCAACUUAAUUCUGGUGUAGGACGAUUUCACCAUUAUAAUAUAACAUUUAUGCACAGCGAAAGGACAUGUUGCAGUUGAUGUUGGAUGCAAAAGAAGAAACUGGAGCAGCGAAAAUUGACAAUCAAGAUAUUCAAGCCCAAUCUGUUACUUUUCUUCUUGCUGGAUAUGAAACGUCCAGCACGACUCUGGGGUUUGUUUGUUAUCAUCUCGCCCUUGAUACGCAUGUGCAGGAGAAACUGAGGGACGAGAUUGACCUUAUGUGGACUGGAGACGAGGUAGGUAGCGCACUGGCGUAAACAAAUCGUUUAUCUGAUUACAGUAGAACCUUUUCCCCAGUAAUAGCAACAUAUAUGGAAAACGACCUCAGUGGAUAUAACGAAACCUAAGUCCCUUGGCCCUUUGAUAUAUCGAGGUUCCACUGGACAGGGAAUAUCAUUUUUGCGAUUUUUACGGGUUUGUGUUUUCUUCGCUCUCCGCAAAAAAGAGUUCUCGCAAAAACAAAACAAAAAAAAGCUCCCACACGAAUUGUCUCAAAUAAACGUAGACUAGUCCUAACGCAAAAUUUAGUUCCAGUCAAAGAAAAAUUCGCCGAUCAGCAAAAUCACUAACCUGACAAAACAGCGGCCGUCAUUUGGCGACGCUACCACUGGUUUCCCUGCCAAUUGACGUCUGAGAAACGAACCCAGAUCUGGGUAGUGCUUGUGAUUGGUUGAAUCAAAUUUCCCACGCGGCACGACAAAUCAGAAGCACUACCCAGAUCUCAGGACUUCACUUCUGUUUUGUAUGUUCAAGUGUAUCAAACAGAUUCAACUGUUAUCACGUCAUCUUUUAAAAUCGAACUUAACUGACUCUGUUUGCUCAGAUCUGAUUCCUAAUUUUUGCAGAAAAGUGCGUCAUAAAAAGAAUUGUGUUCAAAUUCGUGUUAACGCAGGAGUUUAUAUUUUCUCGACGUAACCUUGCCUAGUCUUUGUACGGCGUCUUUCCAGGCCCUCUCGGUCAAUGCGUUUCGGUGACGUAUCCGAGACGAACGGCCGGGAGACGCCUAGACAAUCUCGGAGUGCGCAUGCGUGAGCAUUUUUGAAAAGUUCACACGUUCAACUGAAAUAAUCUAUAAAUAACUUUGCGCGUGAGAAUAUCCCUCGCUUAAAAAUCGGCACCAUUGACACUAUUACAAAAAUAACUAACCUGGUUUCUGUUAUUAAAGAACAAAAAUAUUACUUUGAAUCGGAAAGAAUACUACCGUAUAACGUGCAAGUAGUUUCUCUUUUACUUCAUUUUCAAAUGAACCAUUAAAAUGAUAUUUCUUUAUUGAUAAAAAGUUUUGAAACAGUAGUUUGUUGACAUUCUACCAAAUCAACAGCCUCUCCGAUUAGUUUGAUAAGCUUCCAAAUUCGAAAAUUAAAUUACAUAAAACAUUUCAAAGUGAAAUGAUAACGAGAAAUUUAUAGGAGCAAGCGAAAAUAGAGAAACGAAAGAUAGCUUUUCAUAUCCAAGAAUAAAUAUAAACUUAUUUCUUUAGCUUACCUUCCGAUUCUUGAUCAAAUAAUUUUUUUGCGACGCUGAUUUGCUUAGCCUACAAAUAGUUUUUGAGAUGAAAUAUAGUUCAAAUUGGUUUAAUGAGAUAAACGAAAAAGAAAGGCCAAAGGACGUUCGACAAUGAAAACGAGCAUUAAUUAUGCUCGGUUCUGUACUCUCCAUGGCUGCUGGACAUCUUUCAUCAGCGAGGAAAAGUAAUUGACAGCUCGCUCGCUUCCAAAAGCUCCGCCCCAAGUGAGACAAAGGGCGCUUUCCAUUUAGGAAAAAAACCCGGAAAUUUCGGUGGUAGCUAAAGUGGAAUUUCCGAUUGGUAAAAAGUUGUUCCAUUUUGUCGUAAACCCCGGUACGUGGCGGUGCCCGACCGUGGACCUGGAACUGGUACAAACUACGAGAAACGUAAAUGGAACACGAGAUUCCGUUCGGAAAUUCCAACCGGGAAAACGGGACCACCUUUUUAGAUUUUCCACUUUUUCUGAGAAUUUUCCAGUGGGACGAACCGACGAAACGUGUUCCAUUUACCGCCGAACCGGAAAUUCCGGAAAUUUUGAGUAAAUGGAAAGCGCCCAAAAUGUCUCACUUCUCCGAGUUUGUCUAGGCCUCAAAAACUUUCUCGGACCACGUGACCCGAAACGCAUCGGCCGCCCAUAAUAAUGAGGCCUAGGGACUAGGCAAGACCUAACCGAUACUACCUGAAUUUUGCCGCCUGACAAUUUCUGCACUGCAGCUAUUGCUUGCUCAUGCACACUUGAUGGCAUCAUUCCUGAUUUCAAUUUUGGUAACUGGUGGUCUUGCAUUUUUAGGAUUCACCGUCAUACGAUGUUCUGCACAAGAUGGAGUAUCUGGACAUGGUUAUCAACGAAGCAAUCAGAAUGUAUCCUCCUGGUUUUAUGUAAGGAAACAUUCCCUUAAGUUUUGACUUAAGUACAAGCAGACUGACUUCCCUCCCUUAUGAAAUUAGCUAUAUAGCUAACAAAUCAACUAAGUUAUUAAACAAUAACUAUAGCAGAUCAUGUAGAUGAUGUAUUGUUAAUAUUACAACAUUCUCAACUAUUACGUACUCUAAAUUACUACUUAUUGAUUAAUACCUUUCAGGAGUUUUCCAGAUCUUGACAGGUGUUAUGUAAAAAUGUUUUGAUGUUCGUACCAUUCUGCAAACAUUUUUUGGACCAUUUAUGAAUUCUCUAAAAUGUUGACAAUAUUAACAGUGGUUGGCGAAGGUCACCCUCGGGAAAACAUUUUGAGGCGAUCCACGGGUAGUGAGGUUGGGCUGGAAUGCGUUUCCCUAACAACAGAGAGGUUAAGCAUCACGUUUACGGCAAACGCGAAUUUGUACCGCCUGACCCCUUUUGUUGUCGUUUACUGUUCAUUAUUUCUACACAUAAAUUAGUAGUCUCAAGUAAUUUUUUAUCCAUAAGAAUUGUUUUGAGCUGUUUUAUGGGCCCGUUUUCUAUUUUGAGAAAUUCUCAAUUUGAAUCUGACGUUUGCCGUUUGCCGUUUGCCGUAUACGUGCUUAAUCUCACUAAUGUGGCUAAAAGUUCGCCCGUAAACGAUGCCAGAUUAGAUGCCAUGCGUCUUCAAAACUUGACAAUGCAUAUUAUUUAUUGAUUUAUUUGUAUUUCAUAGACUCCAGAGAGAUUGCACAGAGGCAUGCACUAUCAAAGGAGUGCACUUUCCCAAAGGCUUACCGCUGCUUGUUCCAUGCUAUGCGAUUCAUCAUGACCCAGAAAUUUAUCCAGAGCCUGAAAAGUUUGACCCAGAAAGGUAAGGUCUUUGUAAAUAUUUUUUUUGUGGAGCACUGUUUGAAAGUCACAUACAAGAGAGGAUAAAGCUCCCAUAUCAAUGAAGAUCCCCCUCAAGUGACCUAGUCUGACCUAGUCUCACAUGAAGUUACUAUGAUAGUGCUUAACUAAAGCUUGGAGGCCUGCUCAACUAAAAACAGGUGGAAGGGAAAGAUUUAUAAACCUGGGUCCCUCUCCUAUGCAGAAGCUUCUUCGUGGUGUAGGGAGGCUGGGGACGGGGGAGAGUGAAAGCGCGCGUGGAACGAUGGGAAGGGGAAAGAGUGGAAGAGAAGCUCCCACGUUUUCUUUCUUCCCAUCAUCCAUAGCUCGCUCACCGGUUUUUUUUUUUUUUUUUUUUUUUUUUUUUUUUUAAUGCUUCCAUCUUUAUUGGAAUACCCAGCGGCAGCCUCUGCGAAGGAAGACCUCAUUAUUCCGCGCGGUCGAUACUUUUCGGGUCGUUCGCCUCGGAUACGUCAUCGAAUGCGUUGACCGAGAAGGCCCGGAAAAACGCCGUACAGUAAAGAGAGAGAGAGAGAAAGUGAAGAAAGGUUUCUUGUCUAAGUAAAUAACUUUGUGGCAAGGCUCGAAGUCCGAGGCUCGACCACCUCGCAUCCGCUAUAUAUGUUUCUGUCCUUAUAACACUACAUAUUGGCGGUUUUUUUCCUCUCAGAUUCUCUGAGGCAGAGAAAGCUAAGCGGCAUCCUUAUUCAUUCAUGCCAUUUGGAUUUGGGCCCCACAACUGCGUUGGAAUGCGGUUUGCUUUGCUGGAAAUCAAACUGACUCUAGUGAAACUACUGAAGAAGUUCAAGAUUGAGCGCACAGAGAAGACGGCGGUAAGUGUGGCUAGUUUUGAAACAGAGUUUAAUCUCUGAGCUUGUUCCAGAAGCAAAACAGAUGUGCCGAAUGAAACGUUUCGUUCCGAUUAAAUCCGCCCAGAAUUUUUCGUAAGAGCUAACAAAAGGCCAGUUGGAUGAUGACCUCAGUUUAGCUUUCUUGAGCAAUAAAGUUAGAGCUUUUAUCACGUACUACCAAACUGACUUUAACGUUUGCCAACGUGUUUCUAAGCCUCUCUAUUACGGUAAAUGAUCUAAAAUACACCUGGACAUUUGAGAGACGGGGCAUUUGAGAGAGAGGCAUUUACUCUAGUAAGCAUAACAAACUGCACAAAACUAAAUAUGAUUUCUGCGAAUAUAUCACCAUUAGCGGACUGUUCAGUAAAAAGCGCAAUGCGCGGAGUAAAUUGAAUGAUUUUGCUCUACUUCACCAUUUCACUUUAAGCACAGUCAUGCGCGGUGUCUAUUAGACAGGGGAAGCUUAAUAGAGAGGGGCGUCUAAUACAAACCGAAAUUUUAGCAGGGGGAGGGGGGUGGGGGUUAAUAAACAAGAGGCGUUUACUUGAGAGAGGGCGUCUGUGGGAUCAUUUACGAUAUCUCGAUAUCGUGGGGAGGAGUGGACGUGGCAUUUUGGUUAGACCAUAGAUGUCGCCAAAACCAUUUAUUUUUUCCAUUCUUUGCAGGUUCCUUUGGAUUUUGUCGUUGGUGCUGUUCUCACUUGUCCUUCUGGGAAAAUUAUGCUUCGGGUUUCUCCGCGGGAUUAAGCAACAAACGCCUGCUUUCCUUUUUUUCGCAGUGUUUUGGUUUUUAAAACGGAGUGAAAGCAUGGGCAAUACUCGAUAAAAUAAUCAGUUAAUGCACUCUUUCUUUGUAUUUUAUCUCUGCUAAAUUAUAUAGAGGUUUUUACGGGGGUUAUGUGUCCGACUCUACGCCUGCUUGGGGGCUACAGUGAAAUAUGGCUUUGAAAUAUUCUCCUUAUCUUUUGCAAAUACUGUUGUUUUACCUUUCUUUGACGUCAUAGUUUUGAAUGUUGCGCCCACUCAGGGCUUAUUCACUGCGGGAUUUUCCGGCAAAUGGGGUCUGAAAACGAUCAGCGAAAUAAAGAACUCAAUGUAAAACGCAGCAAAUUUAGUACCGUCAAUUUCGUAGACUGACGUAAGAAUCCAGUGGCAAAGUGAGAUCGCAUUUUUUGAAAUGUGAGAGAUUGAUCGUUUAAAACUUCGGUAACUCAAAGAGAAUUGCAAUUUUUGAAGCAAAUUCUAGACCCCCCCCCUCCCCCCCUUCAGAUACUUGUUGAAAAUAAUCUAGCGAUAGAUGUGGUGGACAAAAGGAUUGGAAAGAAGACAAACCGCCAAGAAAAAGGAAAAUAGAGACUAGGUCAAAUACCUUGGGCCUUGUGGCUUCAAAAGGACUGAGUUCUACAAUUUCAGAGAGGGACCGGGCCAAUGGGGCCCUCAUUAACUAAUUCCUAGAAUAAAGUCUGGAAGAUAAGACCAUGUUUAUUUGGAGUCAUAUAUAUACCGAACUAGUAAAUCACGUUCAUCCAAAUAACUUAAGUUACAAAUUAGUUAGCAGUUCGCGGAGUUUCGUAACGGUUAAUAUGAUAUGAAAAUAUAAAUAUAUAGGUAUACGGUAUUAACUCAAUACUUAGCUUCCUGUUCGUCUUUGAUGUCGAAGCAAUCGCACACAUGCUUUUUUAGGAUGUGCGUUUACAUCUUUUAUGGACAUUCUGGUUGUUGGUAUUCUAUACUCUUUUCCUCGAUAAUAGAAAAUAAUUUUUUUUCCUCGUAAGUAUGGUAUAACGUUAAAAAGUGAUAUUUAUCCUCCAUUUCUUUUUUACAAAUUAGGCAGAUCUUUUCUUCGCAUGUCUUAAACGGUCUCAAAUAGUGCUCUUUUUCAAUGGCCGGUUUAUGACUGCUUAGUUACAAUUUUGUUGGAGUAAUCCUGUAUUGUAAAGUUUGACACCAAAACUCGAGAAUAUUCAAUUAUACAAUGAUCCAGUUAUGAGGUAUGAUCUAUUAGAUAGAAUUAGAGUACAGAUACACGGGUGACGUCAUAGAGUAUUUCGUGUAUGAUGGCGGACACUUUUCAAAAAGUAGUCAUCUAUAAAAUAUAAUACAAAGUCUAGUUAAAAUAUUAUUGUUAGUGUCAGGAUCAGGAAAACGGUGUUUUUGAACGACGUUUGGUCUAUAAUAUUAGCAGGUAGGUAGAUCUAAUCCCUGAUUGUUCUUGUCAUAAAACUAUAUUUUUACUUUUUAGUAUUAUAAUUGGUGAUGAUUUUGAAUAAAUCUUCG